AUGGGCGCAGUGGAGAGGCUGGUGCUGUCGCCAUGGGAGAAGUGGGCGGUGCACGGCCGCUUCCCCUUCAAGCUGACGCUGCACGUGGCGCUGGUGCUGCUCACCUUCGCGCAGAUGCAGCUCUACGACGCGCAGAACGCCGCCUACAUGCGCGCUUCACACCGCAACUGGGCCUUCUUCUUUCUGCCGCCUGCCGCCGACAUCGGUGUCGUCAGGCCGCGGUUCCAGCGCGAGUUUUACACGAUCAACCGCACCAUGGAGGCCGUGCACUACCUGCGAGACUCGUACUUUUCGAUUGGGAACGAGUCGGUCGCUAACUACGAGUAUCUGCGCACGGCAUCAGGCGAGAUCCAACCGCUCAAGCUGACUGUGGAGCGCGUGCUGCCUCACGGUGACUUGGAGACGCGCGAAUACCUCGUCACUCACGACGACGAGACGGUGGGGCCUUUCGACCCAAAGAUGACGCUGUGGCAGAAGAAGCAUUUGUUUCGAUCGCUAUUGGCGGUGAAGUUUUCCUUCCCGCUGCGUGACCAUCAGUUUGGUAACUUCUAUGAGGAGUGCUUCGAGUGGAAGGUGAACGUGGGGUUCCAGGUGAUUGAAAGCGCCCAUAUCCAUGUUCAACUGGAGGACUGCGAAGUGUCUCGAUGCGCGAGUACACACCCGCGACCAUUCUGGGCAACGGCGAGACAAAGCUUCGUAUGGAUGCAUGCUGUCGUCGCCGUGGUCUCCAUUGUCUACAUGAUGCUCAGCCUCAAGGCGAUCCGGCGAUCCUUUCACCGCCCACGCGAAGCGUUCGGUUCAUGGACAAAAAUCCCCUUCUCGCUCAAGCUCAAACUUCUCAAUGGCUUGCAGCUUUUGGUAUUUAUCUCGCUCGUGCUGUUGCUUGCGAGCACGAUGUGGAGCUUGCUUUUCCUGGAAGCUCACAUGCCGAUUCGCUUCUGGCAUCGAUUACUUCACGCGACGGCGUUGCUGCUGCUCUGGAGUUGCCUCGUAGGAUAUCUGGAGCACAACCAGCACAUUUACUCGAUUGUUCUGACGCUCAAGUGGGGGACGCCGCGAGUACUGCAGUUCUUGUUGGGUGUGUCGCCGAUUUUGUUUGGAUACGCUCUCUUCGGGACGAUCUACUUCGGCAACAAGAUUGAAGAGUUUGGCACCCUGAGCGCCUCCAUGAUCACGCUUUUCUCGCUCAUGAAUGGAGAUAUCAUCAUGGACACGUUUGACGCCCUGGAUCUCCAUCACUUCAACGUGUCCGGGAAGGUGUACCUGUACUCGUUUAUCUCGCUGUUCAUGUACGUGGUGCUCAACAUCUUCAUCGCGAUCGUCGAAGAAGCCUUCUUCGCUACGCAAUCCACGCGCCGCCGACUUCGUGACUUGCUCUCCGACCCGCGGGUAUCACGUGUGAACGUGGCGAAGGAGUCGGAUAUAUCGGCCGAGAUGAUGCGGGUUCUGCUCCAACUCAUGGACUCGGAUUGA